UCCUUCCAAGAUCCGCGCUUGGGCCAGGGUGUUGAGGUGUAUAUACAGGGUUGGACGUGCUUAAUCAAAGUGUCUGUCGUCUGAGGCCGAGUCGCUGCUUUCUUCCAGUGCCUUUCCGCUUCACCCGGUCCGCUUCGUUGAGGGACUAAUUGACACUGAGACGUGUUGCUUCGUCUUCUUUCUCAUCUGGUUUAAGAAAGGCAGCACAGCUUUGGACAAUCUACAAGAUGGCUUCCAACCCCAUCACGGCCGAUGCCGGCGCCGGCGCGCGCUUCCUCUACAAGGUCAUCAAGAACGAUGCCAUGAAGGAAGAUCCCCCGCAAAUCUACGGAUGGCGCACCUUCAUGAUGGCCUGCUCGGCAUGCUUUGGUGGCAUGCUGUUCGGCUUCGACAUUGGUACUAUCGGCGGUGUGCUGACGUUGCCUGCCUUCAUGGCAAAAUACGGGCUUUCUGCCGACCCGAAGUUCAAGAAACAGAAUGCUGAUCUGUCUGCGAAUAUCGCAUCGACCCUUCAAGCGGGUUGUUUCUUUGGUUGUUUCCUCUCGUCUUGGAUCGCCGACAAAUGGGGACGAAAGACGGCUCUGAUCUUCAACGGUCUUCUUACCAUUGUUGGCUGCGUGAUCCAGACUUGCAGUUUCGGAAGUAUCGCGUCCAUGUAUGUUGGUCGCUGCGUAGCUGGCGUCGGUGUCGGCGGAGCCUCCAUGGUUGUCCCACUCUAUAUCGCAGAGAACGCACCACGUGCCAUCCGUGGCGGUCUCACGGGUAUCUACCAGCUCUUCAUCGCAUGCGGAACCAUGCUUGCCUUUUGGGUCAACUACGGUUCCAUUCUACACCUCAAGGGACAAUCCACCUACAUGGUGCCGCUGGCCAUGCAGGCCCUGCCUGCCGUCGUCUUAGUCGGCUGCAUGCUUUUGAACAAGGAAUCGCCUCGAUGGCUUGCGAAAGCCGACCGCUGGGAAGAUGCUACAAAAGUGCUCGCACGCAUGCGACACCUACCGGCCGAACACCCUUACGUCAGGGCCGAGUUGAAGGACAUCAGCGAUCAACUGGAGCACGAGCGCCUGCUCGUCGGAGGCGCAACCCUUAAAGAUUUGCUCCGCGAAAUGUUCACCAUCCCUGGCAACAGGAAGCGCGCAUUCAUCUCCAUCGGUCUGAUGAUUUGCCAGCAGAUGACCGGUACGAACGCCAUCAACUACUACGCCCCGCAAAUCUUCAAGAAUCUCGGUCUCGUUGGAACGUCCACGAAUCUCUUUGCGACCGGUAUCUACGGAGUCGUCAAGAUGUCCACGUGUGCUGCUUUCCUCCUCUUCGCAGCUGACUCGCUCGGCCGCCGAAGAUCACUACUGUGGACGUCCAUUGCCCAGGGCUGCGCUAUGUUGUACAUUGGCCUGUACGUGCGCAUCGAUCCACCUAUUGCGGGCCAAGCCGUGCCGCCCGCUGGCUACUUCGCAUUGGUGUGCAUCUUCCUGUUUGCUGGGUUCUUCCAGUGGGGCUGGGGACCCGUGUGCUGGAUCUACGUGUCUGAGAUUCCGGCGGCGCGGUUGCGGUCGCUCAAUGUGGCCAUCGCAGCUGCAACGCAGUGGCUGUUCAACUUUGUCGUUGCGAGGGCUACGCCAAACAUGCUGGCUACGGUGGGCGCCAACGGAUAUGGCGCUUUCCUCAUUUACUCGUGCUUCUGCUUCUCCAUGUUCUUCUUCGUGUGGUUCCUAAUCCCCGAGACCAAGGGACUGUCACUUGAGAAGAUGGACGACUUGUUCGGUGUAACGGAGCUUGUGAAGCGCAUCGAGGAGGAUCGCGAGGCGCAGGCUGCCGCUGGUACGAUUGAUCUCGACAAUAAGGAGGCUGUGCGCGAGGAGCGCAGGGAGGUUGCGGCUUAGGCGGGCAAACUCAGCCUGGUGCUCUAUGGACGUCAAGAUGAAGAUUUAGAACCUGGACACAUCGGUCGCUACGU